AAAUAUAUUAACCGUAACCCGGCUCAUGUCAGUUAAGGAGUGUUAUUGUAAAGCUGGAUAGCGGUACUAUUUGCGACAGCCUACAUUCUGGAAGACUUUUACAUCUAUGAAAUUGUAAUAUCCAAGCCUUUGGAGCUCUGCAAUAAAAGGACGCAGGACAGAAAUACAGCAUUGUCCCCGAAGUCCAGCUACCGGUAAAGAGAAAGCCAUAAAAAAGACAUUUGAGAAGCCUUUAAUAAUCUUAGACUAAAGUAAUUUCAACAUAGCAGAACGUUCAAGAUGGGUGACUUCUGAGCGAAACCACCGGGAAACUCCGACGAAGUUCUUCCACCGCCGUCAAGUUUGACAAAAGAAGAAGACAAAGAAUAAGAAGACCGAAUAUUUCCCUCACGACGCAGCCAUGGAUUCGGGAAAGCAAAUAACUUUCCCAUUGAUGAUGAGUGUUGGAUCAGCUGUGAUUGGCUCCCUGCAGUUUGGCUACAACACCGGCGUCAUCAAUGCCCCUCAAAAGAUCAUCGAGGGCUUCAUCAAUGAGACAUGGUUUGAGCGUUACCAGGAGCCCAUCAGCGGGAACUCCCUGACAGCCAUCUGGUCCAUUGCCGUCUCAAUCUUCUCUGUUGGUGGCAUCUUUGGCUCCUUCUCCGUUGGACUUUUUGUCAACCGCUUGGGAAGGAGGAACUCCAUGCUCAUGGCCAACGUUCUGGCCUUCAUCGCUGCCGCUCUGAUGGGCUUUUCGAAGAUGGCGCACUCAUGGGAAAUGCUGAUCGCUGGUCGUUUUGUGGUGGGCCUCUACUCCGGCCUCUCCACAGGAUUCGUUCCCAUGUAUGUGGGUGAGGUUUCCCCGACGUCCCUUCGAGGUGCCCUGGGAACCCUCCACCAGCUGGGCAUUGUUGUCGGCAUCCUAAUAGCACAGGUGUUUGGAAUGGACUUAGUCAUGGGCAAUUCUGACUUGUGGCCACUCCUGUUGGGCUUCAUCUUCAUCCCUGCAAUAAUCCAGUGCAUCCUGUUGCCUUUCUGCCCUAAAAGCCCCCGUUUCUUGCUCAUCAACAGGAAUGAAGAGAAUAAGGCCAAGGCUGUGUUGAAGAAACUCAGAGGCACACCAGACGUGAGUGCUGACAUGCAGGAAAUGAAGGAGGAGAGCCGGCAGAUGAUGAGGGAGAAGAAGGUGACCAUUGUGGAGCUGUUUCGCUCGCCCCUCUACCGCCAGCCCCUCAUCAUUGCUGUCAUCCUGCAGCUCUCUCAGCAGCUGUCUGGCAUCAACGCUGUGUUCUACUACUCCACUCACAUCUUUGGGAAAGCCGGAGUUGAGCAGCCCGUCUAUGCCACCAUUGGAGCUGGUGUAGUUAACACAGCUUUCACUGUGGUGUCGCUGUUUGUGGUAGAACGCGCAGGACGUAGGUCUCUGCACCUGGUGGGGCUGCUGGGAAUGGCUGGAUCUGCCAUCUUAAUGACCAUUGCCUUGGCUCUGCUGGAGCAGCUCAAAUGGAUGUCAUAUUUGAGCAUCGUGGCCAUAUUUGCCUUUGUUGCAUUCUUUGAGAUCGGGCCAGGUCCCAUCCCCUGGUUCAUCGUGGCAGAGUUGUUCUCACAGGGACCCAGGCCUUCAGCUAUUGCUGUAGCUGGUUUCACCAACUGGACUGCCAACUUCAUAGUGGGAAUGUGCUUCCAGUAUGUAGAGAGACUGUGUGGCCCCUACGUGUUCAUCAUCUUCACUGUUCUGCUGCUCGUGUUCUUCGUCUUCACCUACUUCAAAGUGCCGGAGACCAAGGGCCGGACAUUUGACGAGAUUGCGUCCGGCUUCCGCCAGACAGCUGCCAGUGGAGUAGAGAAGCACUCACCAGAGGAGCUCAACAGCCUGGGAGCUGAUUCUCAGCUCUGAGUGACUGCUUUUUAAUUUCUAACAAACACUCUCUCAGACCGAGGAGGGACGAGAAGGGUCUACUAACUAGAAGUUGACAGAUCUAUUGAUAGAAUAAUUUUCACUCUGUCACCACAUUUCGAGUGUCAUUACCAAACACAGAAUAGCCUUGUGUGAUUCUCUGACAUGAAGUCUUCUGCUGCCUCUCUCGAGUCCCGCAACGAAACGAAAACUUGAUGGGCACUGUGUCGCCUGGUGAAUGUGGAGAGGGGAGGUGAGGAUAGAUGGGGAAGGUUUUUAAUAUUCUAAGAUAUUUUCAAGAAGGAAAAGGAGUGUCUGUAUCAAUCAACCAAUCUUUUUUAAACUUUUUUUUCACUGAAUAUGUUACCGAUGUGUGCUUAUGCUCUGCUCUUUGUAGCCUGUUGUAGUCACUUUGUUAUUGUCCGAGCGCUGUAGCUGUAGAGAUCAGAUCACUGUGCAAAGUACUUUUAUACUUUUAUCCAUCUCACUGUAAAACUGUAUCACUGUAGACCGUAGUACUGUAGAUGCUGUGCAGCUUGACUAGGUCUCACGCCACCAGAUGGUGCAAUACUCUUGGAAAAAGGUUGCAACACUCCACUUAGAAAGAAUAAAUUAUUCGUUCCUCUUUAGGUUAUCGAGUACACAAAUACGAGGGUGCAUCGCAGUGAGGAUUUUCCUCCAUAUUCUGCUCCACAUAUUAUGUGUUGUGUUAUUACUGCUGCUAGACAACAUUUUGCUCUUUUUAUUGUUAGACAAUUGUCAUUUUAAAUACAAUUCACAGCCAUAAAGUCAAAACAAACAAAGAAAUACAGUCAAAUGUAUUUUUACACCAUUCCUUUUUAGCAGCAUAUUUGGACAAAUUAAUAUGAACAUGGAUAUGUGCAAGAGGAGCAGUAUCUGCACAGAUCAGUACCAGUGCACUGAACUUAGCAGUCAAGUUGAAUAAAGAAAUCAUCCACUCAUUUUGCCAUGACAUGCGAUAACUGCACACUCACAAUCAGCUGCCCCAAAACCAAAAAUCUGUCUCACAAAACCAGAACAUUUGUGAGUUUAAGUGCCCGUCUAAAAAAAUUCAAGCGUCCUUUGCAUUCAGCCUCUCAGCCUUAUCACUCUAUAGCAGUUUCCAGUCACACUAGCCUGAUACAGACUGAAAGCUUCUGUCAGUGGAUGAUCUUCUCUUGAAGUAUUUUUGAGUUGAGAUUACCUGUGGAGCUUCCAGAGUCUGGUGAAUAGGCUUGAAAGCUGUCUGGAUCUUUUCUACAAACAAAACAAGCAAUACUGCAUGAAGCAUGCUGUUCCUCUGUGACAACCACAAAGCAUCUUCAGAAAAAUGAAAAACAAAGAAUUAAUGGGGACCAAAAUGAAUGUCAGCUUUUUGGAAGGUUUUUAUUAUCCUGAAAGUGCUUGACACCAGUCUUGGGCCAAACUCCCAAGUGUUCCUUGCACUCCAUUAAGUGUCUUUGAAGGCAGAUGCAUGUUGGUAUGGUGCAAAGCUUGUUUUGUGCCUUGUGUUUUGAAUUCUGCAGUAUUGGUUGCUCUCUCUUCACUGUAUGCAGUGGCUGGUGAAAGAAACUGCAGUCCACCUUACUUUACCUAGCUGUACAAUUUGCUGUCUGUGACUGCUGUAUCAUUCUAUGACCCUUUCUUCUCUUUAGAUGUGUUGUUUAAGGAAAGUUUAGCAGCACUUUAUUAUUCACAGUAAUGUUUCUUUGUUACUGAAGCAAACACUUUGAGGCUGUUUCACUUGUUUCUUUUUUUGUUUGUUUUGUUUUUUACUCAGAGUGUGGAACCUUUGUUACUGAAAAGAGACUGAAAUACUGCUGUUGUUUUUGAAAUGGAAGCGUGUGCAACUGUAUCAUUUCUUAUGUCUAUUACGGCCCUGUACGAAACACAUUUCGAUGUGUGCGCACACAGGCCUGUUGUGAGUAAAUACGGUCAUUUGUAUAGUCUAAUGAGAACUGACACAAAUCCAACCCAUAAGUCAAAUUCCAUUUUAAUCAUUCCAUAAUUGGUUGUUAAUUAUUGUAUAUAGUAAAUUAUGGUGUCUGUUGUCAUUUGAUUGGUCACAUCCUGAAAAGCACAUCUACUCUGUGCCUUUGUGUGCCUUUCACAAAUCCUCUCCAGCACAUGGAAUGGCACCAAAAGAUGCUCUUCCCCACACAGACUGAUGUCUGUUGCAAGUAUUUGUAUUUUAUGUACAUAGAUUCACAAUUCUGCAUGGGCAUUUAAUUUUUAAUGUAUCCAUUAGCCUUUGAAAACUCUGGUCUAAACACAAAACAUGAUGUAAAUAUGAAACACACGCAUCACCCUCUCCAAAUUUUUAAAUAUUUUAACUUUUUUGAUAAAUAUAUAAAUGAAUGAUUAUUUCUGUAGUCAUGUACAUCUCCAUGCAUUUAGCUUCCAUACUUCUGUUCUCUUUCGAUUUUAUAUCUGAAGAUACGGUGUGGCCUAAUAGAACUGUAUUAAUUGUAAUUUAGAUUUUACAUGUAAGGAUUGUUAAUGAAAGACAUUCUGUAGUGUUUUCAUUUUAGUGCACAGAGCAUAUUCUAAUAUUUAUAGUAAUAAAAGAUCUGUGUGCAUGGUGUUGGAAUGUGAACCUCUCUUGGGGAAAUUUUAAAUUGUGGAUGAUGGUGGUGUUCUGAAAGGUUAUAUGGUUUUGUUUAAGUGGCUUAACAGCUCAAUAAAAGAAAUCGUGCAUAGAGA